ACUGCCACCGCAUUCUCUAUACGAGGCUGCGCAUGUGUAUAUUCCCCUCCUCCUCCCGUGGGAAUACAAGUUCUCGCGAGAAGCCCGUGUUUUAUUCCUACGUAAUGUGCCGUGCUGCUUAUGGCGGCGCUGGUGAUAGUGCUGUGAGCUGUUGGGUAUGAAGUGUAACAGAACAGAAACUACCACCUGAAACUGCUGCUUCAAGUUCAGAUCAGUCAAGGAACAUCUGCCACAAUAGUAACAUACAAGACCAAAGAAGAGAACUUGCGCUGAAGACACAACGCUUGAUCUGAAACAAGAAGUUUGUGCCUACUCAACAGCUACACAAGAGCACUUCCCAACGCUGCUAUUAGUCUUUGUUUUAUUCUCAGCUCUGCACUCUGCAUUCGCAUUGUGUAGCAGGAGUCGUCUUUCUUAGCUCAGUAGAUCAUUUUCUCACUAUCUCUUUGUAAACUAGCAAUCGACAACCUCCUGUACCAUCUGCUGUCUACACGAAUUGGUAAAAACUACCGAGUGCAAUACCAGAAUAUCUCAGCAAGCAUUGUAAAAUUAAGUUGAAACAGGAGUAGGAAUAUGGCAAGCACCUGGAAAGAAUUUGUUGAAUUUUCCAUGCCGUCUUCUCCCCCUACUGCAUACGUUAGUGCCAACCUGGGCAAUGCAUCUCCAGUCGGACUGACUUUAUCACCUUAUGGCCGAUCAAUGAGCUUUGACCCAAACCUUCUCCACAACAAUGGACACAAUGGGUACCCCAAUGGUACUUCAGCACUGCGUGAAACGGGCGUUAUUGAGAAACUUCUAACAUCAUAUGGAUUCAUACAGUGUUCAGAACGUCAAGCUCGACUAUUCUUCCACUGCUCACAAUACAAUGGAAACUUGCAAGAGCUCAAAGUAGGAGAUGAUGUGGAGUUUGAAGUGUCAUCAGACAGACGUACUGGUAAACCUAUUGCAGUUAAAUUAGUAAAGAUAAAAACUGAAAUUAUGCCAGAGGAAAGAAUCAAUGGACAGGUCGUCUGUGCUGUGCCUCAUAAUUUGGAAAGCAAAUCCCCGGCUGCUCCAGGCCAGAGUCCCUCAGGGAGUGUGUGUUAUGAACGUAACGGCGAAGUAUUUUAUCUAACCUACACCCCAGAAGAUGUGGAUGGAAAUGUUCAGCUUGAGACUGGAGACAAAAUAAAUUUUAUUAUUGAAACGAACAAACACACCGGUGCAGUAAGUGCUCGAAACAUCAUGCUGCUCAUGAAAAGAAAGCAAAUGCGUUGUCAGGGUGUGGUGUGUGCCAUGAAGGAAGCCUUUGGGUUCAUUGAAAGGGGAGAUGUUGUAAAGGAGAUAUUCUUUCACUACAGUGAAUUUAAGGGAGACCUUGAAGCCUUACAACCUGGAGAUGAUGUGGAAUUCACAAUCAAGGAUCGAAAUGGUAAAGAGGUUGCAACAGAUGUGAGGCUUCUAGCUCAAGGAACUGUUAUUUUUGAAGAUAUCAGCAUAGAACACUUUGAAGGAGUGGUAACCAAAGUUAUCCCUAAAGUACCAAACAAAAACCAGAAUGAUCCUUUACCAGGGCGUAUAAAAGUUGACUUUGUGAUACCUAAAGAGCUUCCUUUUGGAGAUAAAGAUACAAAAUCCAAGGUCACCCUUCUGGAAGGUGAUCAUGUGCGAUUCAACAUUUCAACAGAUCGUCGUGACAAAUUGGAACGUGCCACAAAUAUUGAGGUUCUUCUAGAUACCUUCCAGUUUACAGAUGAGUCAAGAGAGAUGGGUGUGAUUGCAGCAAUGAGGGAUGGGUUUGGUUUUAUAAAAUGCGUUGAUCGGGAUGCCAGAAUGUUCUUUCACUUCAGUGAAGUCCUGGAUGGAAACCAGCUUCAUAUUUCAGAUGAAGUGGAGUUUACUGUUGUCCCUGACAUGCUUUCUGCCCAGAGAAAUCAUGCUAUCAGAAUUAAAAAGCUCCCGAAAGGAACAGUUUCAUUCCAUACCCAGUCCGAUCAUCGUUUUGUUGGCAUUAUCGACCAAGAAGCAACGGCUGCCUCCAAGUCCAGUAGUCCAAAUAAAGGAAAGGAAAAGGAAGGUGAAGAAGGAAUCAUCUCAUAUGAAGACUGUGGCAUCAGACUUACUGUGUCCUAUCACCUCAAAGAUCUGGAAGGAUCACCUGCUCCACAAGUUGGAGACAAGGUAGAGUUUAGCAUUUGUGAAGCCAAAAGGACUGGCCAGCAAAGUGCAGUCAGCAUGAAAGUUCUUGGGCGAAGUUCCAACAGUAAAAGGUUUCAUGGUUAUGUGGCCACGCUAAAAGAUAACUUUGGGUUCAUUGAAACUGCAAAUCAUGAUAAAGAGAUUUUCUUUCACUACAGCGAGUAUUCCGGAGAUGUGGAUAAGCUAGACCUAGGGGAUAUGGUGGAAUACUGCCUGUCCAAAGGAAAAGGAAACAAGGUCAGCGCUGAGAGGGUCACUAAAGCUCAUCAAGUUAACGGAUCAACUGAUGAAGUUAAUCCAACAGUGUACUGGGGUAAAGUAGUCCGACCCUUACGAAGUGUCGAUCCAACACAGACUGAAUACCAGGGUAUGAUAGAGCUUAUAGAAGAGGUAAUGGACAAACAAAAGAUAGCUGAAGAGACUCCUGAGCAAGCUGAGAAGGAGGAGGAGGAUGCAGAAGAGGAAGAGGAGCAGGAGGAGGAGAAGGAGGAGGAGGAGGUGGUGGUGGAGGAUGAGGAGGAGGAGGAGGAAGAAGCUGAAGCUGAAGACGGCACUGAAACCAACAAGCAAGGUAGCAUGAAAGGACGCCUUAUUCCCUUUGGCAUCGUGGGAAUGGUAAAUAAAGCUGAUUGUCUGCAGAAAGGAGAAACCGUCAAGUUCCAGUUGUGUGUUCUAAGUCAGAAUGGGCAGACCAUGGCCUGCAACAUUGAGGCCCUCCGUAGGGGUACAGUCGAGUGUGUGAAAGACCAGUUUGGAUUCAUUAACUAUGAAAUUGGUGACAGCAAGAAACUCUUCUUCCAUGUGAAAGAAAUACAAGAUGGAGUUGAGCUGCAGGCUGGGGAUGAAGUGGAAUUCUCUGUUAUUUUAAAUCAGCGAACUGGGAAGUGCAGUGGCUGCAAUGUUACACUAAUAAGUAAAGGCCCUGAAUUAGUAGCAGCUCCUCGCCCGGAUAGAUUAGUGAGUCGAUUGAAGAGUAUAACCUUAGAUGAUGCCAGUGCACCUCGUCUUAUGGUCGUACGUCAGCCCAGAGGCCCAGAUAACACAAAGGGAUUUGGCAUAGAGCGAAAGAUCCGUCAAGCAGGUGUCAUCGACUAAUUCACACUUUUGUUUUGUUUUUCUUUGUCUUUUUUUUUUUCCCCAUUCGGUAAAGCACAUUACCUAAUCAAGUAUGAUCAAGCAACAUCUCUUUGCAACCCAUAAAUAAAAUCUUAUUCUGUAACAGUUACAUUGGUUUUAAAACUUUCCAUCUUGCAUAGGGUCAGGGUUAUCCUGAACAAAUUAUUUUUAAAUUAUGCAUAUUUGCAAGUGAGGAGUUACUUUGGAGCCUUAGUAUUCUCUUUUCCUUAAGAAGCUUAAUUUGAGUUUUGCAUCUUAAAGCAGCAAUUUUUUCCUCUGUCCUUAUUUUCAUGUCAAGUGUGGUACUCUGUGACUUUAAAACACUUUAAAACUCUGCACUUGAUACUGUGUAGUAUAUAUUCUACCUCUGAAAGUUGCAAACUUGAUUUUUUAUUUUCCCCAAUCUAUGAGGACACGUAGUAACGGUGGAAUAUAUUCUAUUCAGCCACUCAUUUUCUUCGACAGCCAAAAUGUUAGCCUUUUUUUGUUUUUUGUUUUCUAUAUCGAAUUUGAAUAUUUUAUUAAUUUCAAAUGUAUGAACAGAAGCUGUUAGAUCCAAGAAGCAUUUUAUUUUGUUUUUGUGUAAGCAAGUGACUUUGAAAUGCAGAUAUCCACAAAGGUGACAUGUGCCAUCAGUGUGAAGUUUAAAAAUAUUUGAUAACGCACAGUUUUUUUGUUUUGUUUGUUGCUGCUAAGACAAAGCAGCUUUGAAAUAGUAGAAAUUUAAAGGAAGAAAAUGUGCCUGAACUGCGUGGUUUUCUAUUUUUUUUUUUCUUCAUUUUCUUGUGUUCCUUAAAGUUUACAGGAACUAAUAAUCAUACUGUUAAUCUUAGCUGCAUUGCUGUAUGCAUCAAGGUAAAUAAACACUUGAUACCUUUUUUACCAGCCACUACCUGAAGCAGACUGCUCUCUCAACUAUGGGUAGUCAUAUAUAUUUUUCUUUCUUUGCCUUUUUUUUUUCUCACCUAUUGUUAGGAAGUAAUUUAUUUCCCAAGUGUUUUAAACCAGAUCAAGAACCUUUUUUUCUCCUUCUGGGUUAAUGGAAGCCAUUGGCGUUCCCAAUUCCCCGUUUUGUUUUUCCUUCUUUCCUGUUCUGAUUUCUAGGAACUUCUGUUGAUACUUAUCUUACAUUUGUAAAAACAAAACUUGGCUCUGAUAUUUUUUUUUUUUUUUUUUUUCUGUUUAAUGGCAAAAAAUGAAAAAUAGAAUAAAGUUUUACCA